UCGGCCAGAUCCUUGAUGAUUUGAAACCAGCAUUAUUAGGGACGUUGUCACAUAUUCAUUAUUGAUCUCUUCACAGGUGGUGAGGAUUCUAUACCACCUACGAAAUGAGUAUCUUCAGGAUUAGAAAAUGCCUUCUAACCAAGGUUCUACUCUGCAUCACUACUAUCAUUGUGUUUUAUUCUGGACAGCAAUCCUCCAAUUCAUUUGUUGAUUUUGUAAAAAAUGCCCUUCGGCCGCUGGACCGUAUCUUCUCUCCACCGCCGGACGACGACCCAUGGUUUCAGAAGCGCUUCAUCAGAUCUAUCAAACCAUUUCUGACGAGAGAGAACAAGGAACUCCCCGAUGAUACCAGAACGUGGUGGCGGGAAAUCCAGAAUGACAAUAGCACAGCCAAAUUCAGCGAGGUGGUGGAGAAGUUGUUCCAGGUCAUCCCUGAUGCUGACUUCCACAUGGACGCGGGCCAUGAGCGCCAUGGAAGCUGUGCUGUGGUGGGGAACUCUGGGAACCUCAAGGGUUCCCACUUCGGAGCCCUCAUAGACUCCAGUGACGUCGUCAUAAGAAUGAACAAGGCUCCUACCUCUGGCUAUGAGGGGGAUGUUGGGAAACGGACCACGUAUCACGUCAUGUACCCAGAGAGUGCAAUAGACCUGGACAACACCACCAGGUUCCUGUUGAUCCCCUUCAAGACUCUGGACCUUCAGUGGCUACCAGGCGCCAUGACCACUGGGUCUCACAUCACUUUGUCAUAUUUACCACUUAGACAGAAGAUAAAGGCCAACAAAGAUUUGGUAUUGGUUCUGAAUCCUGUGUUUAUGAAAUAUGUUCAUGAAACCUGGCUUGACUAUCAGGGCAAAUACCCCUCCACUGGAUUCAUGGCUUUGAUAUUAUCCCUACACAUCUGUGACAAGGUGAAUGUGUAUGGAUUUGGGAAAGACAAAGAUGGGAACUGGCACCACUACUGGGAAACCCUAGUCGAUAAAAAUCUCCAAACUGGAAUACACGAUGGAAACUAUGAGUACAACGUCACCAUGAGGCUCUCGGAAAUGCACAAACUACAGUUAUUUAAGGGAUUUCGCUUAUAAUUCAUAAAGAUAAUUUCCCUUACAGCUGUAUAUACACUAUAAAAAGCUUUUUAUUAAAGCGGAUUAAUCAAAUAGGUUUUAGCCUAUUGUCUACAUUGCACAGCAUUUACGUGCUCAAAUACCUUAUCCUUUUAUCUGCACUACCGUUUUUGGUUUUGUGUGAACUUGAACAAUGUGGGGCCAUACUUAUGAACUUUGGCUUAGACCAUGGUUUAACCAUUGGUCUAAAAUGGCUAGCUUGUCUCAUAGGCCAAAUUAGCCACGAUGCUGUGGACGGCCAGCAGAUUAUAUCCAGUAACAAAUUCCGUCUCGGCCAGUUUAAAAUUGGCAUGACCCAAUGCGUUUUUUUCACUAAUGCAUCCUUAACAGAAGUCCACUGGCACGUUCUUAUACUCAAAUUAACUGCAUCACAUGCAAAAAUCUGUCUGGAUGAUUACCUCAGUGUAAGACUCCUAGUUCCUGACAAUAUUCAACUCCUGUGACGUAAGUAUGAAUCUCCCGUGUUAUAAUUUUUCUGUUUCAACCUGUGAACUUACAUUCAUUGUGGUAUUGUUAAGGAAACUACAGCCGUCACCUUAAAAAUGAAGCCUAAGAAUGAAUUUCAUAAAGCGCUAGGCCUACGCCUUCAGCCUUCACCAACACUGCUACUAGGGCCUAAUAAUAUCUCAGCAUAUGAGGCUGCAUGGAUGUGUACACUACACAUGUAAGUUAGGGCUACAAUGUUUUUAUAAUCAUUAUCUAGCCUACCUUGUUUAACAGUGUAAAUUGACUGGUCUGGCUAGGUUCACCAAGUGUCCAGUAAAGGGCGAAGCUACUCCAGAAAUCCGCUGAGGUGAAGCCUCAUGGCUUCACUACUUAUGAAGCCCAUUCAGUAAGCGACUGACUGCUCUCCUGUAACGCAUGCUAUUGACUGACUGCUCUCCUAUUCUGUAACGCAUGCUAUUGACUGACUGCUCUCCUAUUCUGUAACGCAUGCUAUUGACUGACUGCUCUCCUAUUCUGUAACACAUGCUAUUGACUGACUGCUCUCCUAUUCUGUAACACAUGCUAUUGACUGACUGCUCUCCUAUUCUGUAACACAUGCUAUUGACUGACUGCUCUCCUAUUCUGUAACACAUGCUAUUGACUGACUGCUCUCCUAUUCUGUAACACAUGCUAUUGACUGACUGCUCUCCUAUUCUGUAACACAUGCUAUUGACUGACUGCUCUCCUGUUCUGUAACACAUGCUAUUGACUGACUGCUCUCCUGUUCUGUAACACAUGCUAUUGACUGACUGCUCUCCUGUUCUGUAACACAUGCUAUUGACUGACUGCUCUCCUGUUCUGUAACACAUGCUAUUGACUGACUGCUCUCCUGUAACACAUGCUAUUGACUGACUGCUCUCCUGUUCUGUAACACAUGCUAUUGACUGACUGCUCUCCUGUUCUGUAACACAUGCUAUUGACUGACUGCUCUCCUACUCUGUAACACAUGCUAUUGACUGACUGCUCUCCUGUUCUGUAACACAUGCUAUUGACUGACUGCUCUCCUGUUCUGUAACACAUGCUAUUGACUGACUGCUCUCCUGUUCUGUAACACAUGCUAUUGACUGACUGCUCUCCUGUUCUGUAACACAUGCUAUUGACUGACUGCUCUCCUGUUCUGUAACACAUGCUAUUGACUGACUGCUCUCCUGUUCUGUAACACAUGCUAUUGACUGACUGCUCUCCUGUUCUGUAACACAUGCUAUUGACUGACUGCUCUCCUGUUCUGUAACACAUGCUAUUGACUGACUGCUCUCCUGUUCUGUAACACAUGCUAUUGACUGACUGCUCUCCUGUUCUGUAACACAUGCUAUUGACUGACUGCUCUCCUGUUCUGUAACACAUGCUAUUGACUGACUGCUCUCCUGUUCUGUAACACAUGCUAUUGACUGACUGCUCUCCUGUUCUGUAACACAUGCUAUUGACUGACUGCUCUCCUGUUCUGUAACACAUGCUAUUGACUGACUGCUCUCCUGUUCUGUAACACAUGCUAUUGACUGACUGCUCUCCUACUCUGUAACACAUGCUAUUGACUGACUGCUCUCCUGUUCUGUAACACAUGCUAUUGACUGACUGCUCUCCUGUUCUGUAACACAUGCUAUUGACUGACUGCUCUCCUGUUCUGUAACACAUGCUAUUGACUGACUGCUCUCCUGUUCUGUAACACAUGCUAUUGACUGACUGACUGCUCUCCUGUUCUGUAACGCAUGCUAUUGACUGACUGACUGCUCUCCUAUUCUGUAACGCAUGCUAUUGACUGACUGACUGCUCUCCUAUUCUGUAACGCAUGCUAUUGACUGACUGACUGCUCUCCUAUUCUGUAACGCAUGCUAUUGACUGACUGACUGCUCUCCUAUUCUGUAACGCAUGCUAUUGACUGACUGACUGCUCUCCUAUUCUGUAACGCAUGCUAUUGACUGACUGACUGCUCUCCUAUUCUGUAACGCAUGCUAUUGACUGACUGACUGCUCUCCUAUUCUGUAACGCAUGCUAUUGACUGACUGACUGCUCUCCUAUUCUGUAACGCAUGCUAUUGACUGACUGACUGCUCUCCUAUUCUGUAACGCAUGCUAUUGACUGACUGACUGCUCUCCUAUUCUGUAACGCAUGCUAUUGACUGACUGACUGCUCUCCUAUUCUGUAACGCAUGCUAUUGACUGACUGACUGCUCUCCUAUUCUGUAACGCAUGCUAUUGACUGACUGACUGCUCUCCUAUUCUGUAACGCAUGCUAUUGACUGACUGACUGCUCUCCUAUUCUGUAACGCAUGCUAUUGACUGACUGACUGCUCUCCUAUUCUGUAACGCAUGCUAUUGACUGACUGACUGCUCUCCUAUUCUGUAACGCAUGCUAUUGACUGACUGACUGCUCUCCUAUUCUGUAACGCAUGCUAUUGACUGACUGACUGCUCUCCUAUUCUGUAACGCAUGCUAUUGACUGACUGACUGCUCUCCUAUUCUGUAACGCAUGCUAUUGACUGACUGACUGCUCUCCUAUUCUGUAACGCAUGCUAUUGACUGACUGACUGCUCUCCUAUUCUGUAACGCAUGCUAUUGACUGACUGACUGCUCUCCUAUUCUGUAACGCAUGCUAUUGACUGACUGACUUAGCCUAUAUAGAUAUUCAGAUCGACAAUAGAGCCAUCUUCAUUGUCAUGGACGUGUUAUUUGCUGGGCUAGCGUAUAUCAACACGAUAGCCUAUUGCCGGUUUAAAUAGCUAUUGAAAGCAAAAUGAUGUCCAAAAUUGUGUUGAUAUAGGCAAGCCUAGCCUACUAUAGGUUGAAUGUUACACGUAUUCACCCCAGAUAGUGUCCCCCUAGCUAUAACCUAUUGAAAAUGGGACUUUAGUUCAGCCUACACUUCAAAUAUUUAUUUGGCCUACACUAAUUCUGGUUGUAUUGUGAAUGGAAGAGCAGGUAACACGUAGUAAAUAAACAUUAAAGGAGCUUGGAGUCACUCCGACUGAAAGGCUAUAGGGUUAGGCCAAAAAAUAUUACAAAUAUUAGUCACUACAAUGAAUAUUGGUGAAAUUACAUGUGUACACUUAAUUGUAUAAGAUUUUUAUAUGCAUUUUGAUCAUCGCCUACUUUUGUGCUAUUUCCCUCGAGGACCAGCAGUGGAGGGUUUGCUCCUUAAAACAAUCUUGCCCCAAAUGGGAUUCAAACUCACAGCCACAAUUUUUUUUUUUAACCUUUUAUUUAACUAGGCAAUUCAGUUAAGAACAAAUUCUUAUUGUCAAUGACGGCCUAGGAACAGUGGGUUAACUGCCUUGUUUAGGGGCAGAACGACAGAUUUUUACCUUGUCAGCUCAGGGAUUCGAUCUUGCAACCUUUAGGUUUAUUUAGAAUUGAAGUUGCAUUGUAUCGCAGACCUGUAGCCUACUGUCCACCACAGAUUGUUUGUGGACUGAUUUGCGGAGUACGGGCACAGGUCACGUCAACAUGGAUAUCUAAGAUGGAACGCAUUCUCAGGAAUUUCUAUGUUGAUGGGUGUUUUCAAAUGUUUUUGUGUGAAAUGUUUUAGGCUAGACUUCUGAUAUGUUGAAAUAUAUUAAGCAUCGGCCAUUAUGAUAACUAUGAAGAAAUAUUGUUUGUGAAGGGAAGUAUUCAUUUUAAAGAUGCACUCUCAAAUGUUUGUAUAAUUUCAGAUAGUUUUGAGUGGGGCUCAUGAGCCAAAAGUGGUCCCCACUUUUUUUUGUGUGUGUACUACGUCAUUCAUUUAGUUAUUUUAUUUUUACAAAAUGUGUGAUAUCAUACAUCUUCAUUCUGCAACUUGACUCAGUCAGUGUUUACUGUGUUUUUGUUUAUGUAUACAAAAUAAACUGAAAUAUCACAUUUA